GGUAGGUAGCUAGGUACCUAUUUUGCAAUAUUUCAAUUUUUGUACACUCCUUUCAAUAAAUAGGUAUGAGUUUGUUUCUAUAAAUUCUAUAGGGGCAGGCCUAAAAUAUUUAAAUAAAAAUGCCCAGUAACGCAAAGACUCGCAUUGCAAACCGCACACAACUAGGUAUUGCUGUGAUAUGUUUCAUUAUUGGUAUCAUAUUAAUAGCUUUGGGUGCAAAAUCAUUACAGCCAUCCGAAAGGACUAAAUCGAAGGACAUUGUGGUUGACUACACAAACUGCACACAGCACAUAUUCAAUCAACCCGAGAUCCGAUGCAUUGAUUACAAUCUAACAAGCCCUGUGUGUGUUUGUCAACACCAAUUUGUUGUACCCGAACCGCUAAUUGGUAAUAUUACUUUAUACUAUGAAUUGGAUUCAAAUGUACAGACAGGAGAUUCCUAUAUUAAUUCUAGAGAUGAUCAGCAGUUAUCAGGACAAUUGUUCCAAGAGCCAGCGGAGGAGUGCGACCCUUAUAGGUUCGACGAUUCUGGCAAGCCUAUAGCCCCGUGUGGGGAAAUUGCUGAUUCUAUGUUUACUGAUAAAUAUUUGUUGAGACGACCCGGCGCACAGUAUAUGAAUGUUACAUAUUACGGAAUGAUAAAGAAGGAUAUGACUAAGUAUCACAAUCCGCCCUGGAAUAAGUCAUAUCCGCUUAAAGAUGCAUUUAAUGAUUUCGCUAAGCCUAAAAGUUGGAGUCAACAUAUUUGGGAGUUAGAUCCUGACAAUCCUGAUAACAAUGGAUUCGAGAAUGAAAGGUUCAUUGGAUGGAUGACUACUACAAUGAAACGCAAGCCUGCCUGGCGACUUGAUUCCUCUUAUAGUGUUCCAAACGGAUCGUAUGUAUUGAGGGUGGAAUACAGUUACCCGCCAUCUAAAUAUAAUGGUACGCGGAAGGUUAUAUUGGUCGCAAGCUUGAAUGUUCUAGACUACGGUUCGUAUGGCGGUGGGGUGGCAAUGGUCGUUCUUGGUGUUAUCUCUUUAGUACUCUCCUUGGUUUUGGCAGGUUAUAACAUUAUGUUGUACUUGAAUAGCCGCAGGGAAACCAGGGGGGCCGGCGAUGCGUUCGGCGGCCUCAUGAAUUAGGCCAUCGGAAUCACAUUGAUUUAUAUUUUGUAACUUGAAAAGGUUGAGACUGCCCAGCAGUGUAGCAAAAUUUGUAAUAUUUCCGGUAAUUUUUCUGGGCAUAGUUGAUUUAAAAAAAAUGGUUAGACAAUGCUACCGUCAUAAGGAAGAAGGGCUCGACUAGUGUUCCAGAUCCUUAGUCCACUAUCGAUAGUGUCGAUAAUAAUUUCUAUAUUGAGUAUUGAAAUUCAUCUCUUCCGGAUAGUAUUGCACUAUAUUAAUACUAUUGUGAAUUGCAAACUGAGCUAUCGAUAGGUCUAUCAAUAUUUUAGAUGAUUUCCGAGGUCAACUAUCGAUAGCCCUCAUUUGGAUGAUUAUUUUUUUUCAAAAUCCAAGUCAUUACAUAUUCGUUUUCAGUGAAAAAGGCGCAUAUUUCAUUAUAUUAUUUGGAAAAACUUCGAAUACGCUCUUCUUGCUUAUAGCGACAGUAUGAAAUUUUCCGUAAUACCUCAACGCACGAGUUUGACUCGCACUUGACUGGUUAAUUUUAUGUGUGAAACACAUAAUAUAUAUUCCUAGGGACUAAGGUGUAAAUGGAUUUAAGAGUAAUAUUUUCUUAGUUUUCGUAGGGCUAAGCUUAAAGCUACUAGUCUUGGAAGCAUUUACCAUUUUAUAUUUAGCUUUUACUACAUUUUGUCUAUAAACCCUAUAAAAUAAAUUAGCUCUUGGCUAGCAACACUGGGUGUUUAUCGGCCAAUGUUGAACAUUCUACUUAGUAUUGUAAUAACAAAAAAAAUGUAGUUAAGAAUUAGUUUUCUGUUCUUUAUAGACUGUAUAUGAAUCUCUCAACAAAAUUACGCCAAAGAAUAUAAAAAUCACUGUAUUAUAUGAGUAUCAUUUAAACGGGCGAAGCCGCGAGUGAACAGCUAGUUCUCAGUUACUCAAUUGUUUUACAUUUUAUAUAAAUAUUAGCUGAUGCCCGCGAAUUCGUUCGCGUGGCCUAGCUGGACCAUUAUGACUCUUCUUCAGGUAGGUAUUCAAAAUCUUCAAUUUUUAUAUACUUAAACAAAAAAUGGCUCAUCAGCCUGCUCAUCAGGCUGAACAACUUUUGUUAGGGCGUUAUUUCUAUAUUUCCUAUAGUUUACUAGGACCAUCAUGGGUCUACAUCAGGUGUUCCAGAUCUUCGAUUUUUAUACCUCAACAGAAAAUGCUCAUCAGGCUGAACAACUUUUGUUGGGCGUCAUUUCUAUAUUUCUUAUAGUUUAGCUGGACCAUCUCCAUCAGGUGUUCCAGUUUUCAAAAUCAUUUAUACCCUAUAUUCGCGCUUAAUAGCUAUAUAACAAAAAGUUUCAUUCGAAUCCUUCCAGUAGUUCCGGAGAUUAGCGUAACGCCUAAUUUUAUUUUUAUGUAGGUAAAAAUAUAUUCAAUAUACAAAAUUUUUUAUUCUACUGUUUUAUUAUAUGUAUUGAUAUUUAAGUAAUCUUGGUGGACAGUAUUUAAAAAUAAACAUAUACGUACCUAGUU